CCUCCCCUCUGUUCACUAGGCGAUAGUCUCAACUCAUGCUUACAUGAGAACAACCUUCACAGCAUGGAUGGAUAGUGGUCUUCUCCUUUUCACAGACUCUCUAAAGGAACUCUGGAUGAGAAGACAUGAGGUCUCCUGGAGUAGCUAGACCGUCACCUUGCUUCUGCUUUUGGUGGAUGGAUUCUGUCUCCUUCUGUCCAGAUAUGAACACAUUAAGUUUAGUCUCAUGUCUGCCGGUCAGAGGAAUGUCGCCGCUGUGCUCUCCAGCCCAUCAGACGCCAUGAAGCUUUUGUAGGCCGGUCUGGACAUGAUGGAGUAUUUCUUUCAACGUCAUUUCCGUCGACGGCAGAAGAGACAGAAGCCGGCCGCCACGGCGCGUCAGCCGGCCCCUGCGGUUCAGACCAGCAAAGCCAGGAGGCGCUCUAACGCGGGCCUGCCCUCUUUAGCUCUGGUACAGUCCCGGCGCUCCUCCGUCGGCUUGCCUCCAUGCGCGGACCAGCGCCGGCGUCCCAGCGUUGGCUUGCUGGUGGCCAGCGGACAGAAGAGACAGUCCAUCAUCGAGCUGUCGCUGGCAGGGGAACCGCCGACCAAUGUCAAGAGAGGACGAGUCCGGGGCCGACGGCCCUCCGGCGCCACCUCCUGCGUACACAGAGGGCUCGCAGUGCGACGCAGACGGCCCUCCAAAGUCAAAUCCAUUGAGCCUCACCUACUGGGACCCUCGAUGCUGCUGGCAAGCGUGGUUCAGAUGGGCAGCGGAGGGACAGGAACUGGAGAAGGAGAAGAAGAAGAGCUGGAACAGUCCGAGUGCUGCCUCUCGGAAUCAGACGGAGAAGAAGUGAGCGACGAAGAUGUAGAAAACACAGUCAAAGAUGGAAGCUCUGAAUCUGUGGAUCAGAUGCAUUUGGCCCAGGGAGUCGUGGUCGAGAACCUUCGAGCGCGGCCCCUCCUCCGAACACCUCGCUGCCUGAGAAGAAACUCCUCCCACCUCCUCCCUGCAGACUCUGUGUUUCAGGGUGCCGCCGCCGGCUGCGGAGUGUACGGUCGAUAUAACCCACAAGUGUCCGGUCAGGUGAACUUCGCUGUGAAUAAACCACUGCAGACCUCCAGGACCAGUCCCAGCCUGCGUCAGCUGGCCUCCACCGGGCCCGGCGCCGAUCUGGAUACCGGAACCGACGGAUCAGCCCUUCCAAAAAGCUGCUCGUCGCCGGUGGACAUCUCCGAGGGAGCCAUGUAUUACGAUCCCUAUUCAGAAACAUGGGACAACUUCCUGUCAAAAGCCAUUGCCAAGUCAGGCCUGCAGCAUCUUCCCUGUGAGCCCAGCACGUCGUGUCUGAACAGGACCGACCCUGAGUCAAGCAUCCGCAGCACCGUGGACUGGACGGAGUCAGCUGUGUAUGGAGAUCAUAUCUGGUUCGAGACCAAUGCGUCUGGAGACUACUGCUACGUGGGAGAGCAGCACUGCUACGCCCGAUCGCUGCAAAAGUCGGUCAGUCGGAGGAAGUGUGCCGCCUGCAAGAUCGUCGCUCACACCAUCUGUAUAGAACAACUGGAGAAGUUUCCAACCUCUAAAGCCAUUCUGUUGGACGCCGCCGUGCCCCUCAAUGACCCCAACUUUAGAAUUAAUUUCAGGUGUAAGCCGUCGUUCAGAGAUUCGGGCUCCAGGAACAUUCGGGAGCCCAUUGUGGUGCAUCAUCACUGGGUCCAUCGAAGGCGGCAGGAGGGCAAAUGUAAACAGUGUGGGAAGGGUUUCCAGCAGAAGUUUGCCUUCCACAGUAAGGAGAUCGUGGCCAUCAGUUGCUCCUGGUGCAAGCAGGCCUACCACAACAAGGUUUCCUGCUUCAUGCUGCAGCAGAUCGAGGAGGCUUGUCCAAUCGGAGCUCACGCAGCUCUCAUCGUCCCGCCCACCUGGAUCAUUCGGGUCAGACGUCAUCAGUCGUCUAUGAAGUCCAGUAAGAAGAAGAAGAGAACAUCCUUUAAGAGGAAGAGCAGCAAGAAAGGCGUGGAGGAAGGACGGCUGUGGAAGCCCUUCAUAAUACGACCGAUUCCGUCUCCGCUGAUGAAACCGCUGCUCGUCUUCGUCAACCCAAAGAGCGGAGGAAACCAGGGAAACAAGAUCCUGCAGUCCUUCAUGUGGUUUCUGAACCCUCGGCAGGUUUUCGACCUGAGCCAGGGCGGACCGAAGGAGGGCUUGGAGCUUUACCGUAAAGUCCAUAACCUGAGGGUUCUGGCCUGCGGGGGCGACGGCACGGUGGGCUGGCUCCUGUCUUGUCUGGAUGACCUGGGCUUGAACCCUCAACCUGCCGUGGCCGUGUUGCCACUGGGAACAGGAAACGACCUCGCCAGGACCCUCAACUGGGGCGGGGGUUACACAGACGAACCUCUGUGUAAGAUCUUGUCCCACGUGGAGGACGGAACCGUCGUCCAGCUGGACCGGUGGAAUCUGCGCGUGGAACCGAACCAAAGUGCCGUGGCAGAGCCGGACGAACAACAGACCGAUAAGCUCCCUCUGGACGUCUUCAACAACUACUUCAGCCUGGGAUUCGAUGCCCACGUGACUCUGGAGUUCCACGAAUCCAGAGAGGCCAAUCCAGAGAAGUUCACCAGCCGUUUCAGGAAUAAGAUGUUCUAUGCUGGGACCGCCUUCUCCGACUUCCUGAUGGGGAGCUCCAAAGAUCUGUCCAAACACAUCAGAGUGGUGUGUGAUGGGACAGAUCUCACGUCAAAGGUUCAGGACCUGAAGCUGCAGUGCCUCGUCUUCCUCAACAUCCCCCGGUACUGUGCAGGCACGACUCCUUGGGGAAACCCCGGUGAUCAUCACGACUUCGAGCCUCAGCGACACGAUGACGGAUACAUCGAAGUGAUCGGGUUCACCAUGACGUCCCUGGCUACGCUGCAGGUGGGGGGUCAUGGUGAAAGGUUGAACCAGUGCAGAGAAGUCACGCUGACGACCACCAAGCCUCUCCCAGUCCAGGUGGACGGUGAACCCUGCAGACUGGCUCCGUCUGUGAUCCACAUCAGCCUCAGGAACCAGGCCAACAUGGUCCAGAAGACCAAGAGACGCACCUCACUGCCACACCUCAACGAUCAGCAGCCGGUCCCGGAGCGGCUCAGGAUCCGAGUGAACCGGGUCAGUAUGAGCGACUACGAAGCUCUGCACUACGACAAGGAGAAACUACGGCAAGCAUCCAUUCCUCUGGGACUGAUCGUGGUUCCUGGCGACAGCGACUUGGAGACCUGCAGAGAGCACAUCCAGCGUCUGCAAGAGGACUUCUGCUCUGUCCAUCUCUCCUCCCGAAGCGUGGGGCCACAGGAGGAGGCAGCCAAAGAGCCAAAGAUUGUUUCCUCGCAGAGAUUAUCUCCAAAGUGGUGUUUCCUCGACUCGACGACAGCCGAUCGUUUCUACAGGAUAGACAGAGCACAGGAACAUCUCAACUACGUAUCGGAGAUCUCCCAGGAGGAGAUCUUCAUCCUGGACCCUGAAAUGGUCAUUACCAUGACAGUCGGAACGUCUCCCUCAGCCGUGCCUGACCUGGUCGACCCCGCCACCUCCAGCCGGGAGAACAGCAGUUCUUCCCAGAGGCAACGGGUGAACAGCGACAGCUCUGCAGCCGAGGCUUUAACACAUGAGAUGCCACCUGUGACCAGCAAACUCACCCGGGCGGGCUGUAUCCACCGCUCCAACACCACAGCUGCUGAUUACACACACAAACUCAGGCAGGAAAAGAACCAAAAGAUGAACCAAACGGAGAAGGAGAAAGAAAAAGAGUUGUUGAUCGAGUGUGUGAAGAACAAAGAUUUAAAGAAGCUGCAGGAGCUGCAUCGGGCGGGGGCGGAGCUCUCCGUGUUGGACCAAUCAGGUUGCAGCUUGCUCCACCACGCCGUCAACACCGGAAACAAGGAGAUGGUCCGCUUCAUCCUGGACAACGCUCCCAGCGAGCUGCUGGACGUCACCGAGAAGCUCCAGGGGGAGACGGUCCUCCACCGGGCGGCGUCUCUGUGUCAGCGGACCAUCUGCCACUACCUGGUGGAGGCCGGAGCGUCGCUCAUGAAGACCGACCUGCAGGGCGACACCCCCAAGAACCGGGCGGAGAAGGCAGAGGACAGCGAGCUGGCGGCGUACCUGGAGAACCGGCAGCACUACCAGAUGAUCCAGAGGGAGGACCAGGAGACGGCGGUGUGAGGCCGAGGCGCCGCCUUCCUCCUCCUCCUCCUCGUCUUCGUCAUUCCGAGCCGUGCCAAAAGCAGACGGAGUCAUUCCAGCGGUUCUGUUGCUGAGCGGGUUGAACCGGCAGGAUCAAUCUGCACACGAACACAACCGCCACCAACUCCCCACAACUUGAUUCUGCCAAAUCCACUUUUUCCCCGUUAAAAUUUAAAACUGAAUUUUAUAAAUGUCAACUGUUUUUUUUUUUUUUUUUUUGCUGAUAAAUCAUUGGAUUUUGACUAAAUGUGGAACUUUGCAUUGGGUUCCUGUUUCUCGUCUGUCAGCCAAUCAGAGAGCGACGGACGGGCUGCACGUCUCGCCGCCUCCGUCAAGGUUCCCACAGACCUUCACGAUGAUUGAAAGCUUUGUGUCUUCAAGAUUUCCUCCUGGGAUUCCAAACGAAAGCACCUUGAGCGGCGAGUGACGGUUGGCUGACCUUCUAUUGUUCCGUCCCGGCCGUCGGCGAGCCGCCGCUCCGGCGCCGUGCCCUUUAAAAGCCGAGCGUGAGCGUGGAUGUAACCCGGCGUGGCGGUCGGCCCGUCGCUGGACAAUCUGUGUCAUAUCAAAGAAAUUCCAAGUGAGAGACGUUUGUGCUCCGUGAAUGGACUUCAUGUCGUGUGUGUGCGCGUGUGUGUACGAAUACGAUCAAAAACCAAAGUAGAAGUGCAUGCUGGGACGGUGAACCCUUGUCAGGCGGUGUGUUUGAGCGCGGCGGGACGCCCGUCGGCGCUCGUGACGCGACGGCGGCCUUUCCCGUGUGAGAACGCGCGGCGGUUCCACAGAGACUUGAGACCUUCGUUCCGAUGUGCCAGACGGCGCCGAGCGCGGCGCUUCGACGAAAGAGGAGAAAAAUGAAGCUCUAGUUUUGGAUUGAAUCAAAUCUGACUGUAUUUAGUUGUUUUGCUCCGUGAAUGUUUUUUGGUUCGUCUUCAGGUAAACUUUGGCUUCUGCAGUAAUUAGUUGCAUGAGCUGCAUCACAGUGAUGAACGUCGAUGAAGAUGUCUGGUUCCUCAAACUGACAUCUGUGGCCGCUGUGGCUGUUAUUCUUCUUUAUGCCAUCUUUUGUUGUUUUGGUUAACAUGGUGUGAAAUAGUUCAGAUUUUCUAUGUGUUUUUUUUUUUUCUUUGCAGUUGAUACUUUCUUUAAAGUUCUUUCAAUAAGUUGUUUCAGAGAUCAACAUUAAGAUAAUAAAAGAUGACAGUUUCUUUGA